UGAAAAAGCCAAUGGCGCUAGCCCCAAUCAGGGCUAGGUCCCAAAAGCUUCCAGGCGCAUCGAGCUCAACGCAAAAAUCUAGCCCCAAGGGAUUUUGAACGACUUGUCCGUCACUUGAAGCCCUUUCCUGCCAUCAACAACCCUCGGGCCCUCGCUUGUCCCUCUCUUCACGCUUGGAUACGGCGUCAAUUGCCAUCGUUGCGCGAGCAUCAUCCUCUGCCUCACGCCGCCCGCCCGCUUUUCCGCCGCCUUCCUGCCCGCCCGCCACCUCACGGCAAAUCUCUGUGAGAGACAUUUUCCCGAGAUGCUCAGCGCCGCUCUUCGGAGGCGUAUCCUCGCGCCCACCCACCAGGCCCUGCGAAGUGGCUUCACGGCGCACGUCGUCCGCUACUAUGCCUCCUUCCCGAGCCACCAGGUGAUCAAGAUGCCGGCCCUGUCGCCCACAAUGCAGGCUGGCAACAUCGGCGCCUGGCAGAAGAAGCCCGGCGACACCAUCGCCCCCGGCGAGGUCCUGGUCGAGAUCGAGACGGAUAAGGCGCAGAUGGACUUUGAGUUCCAGGAGGAGGGCGUCAUUGCCAAGAUCCUCAAGGAGGCCGGUGAGAAGGACGUCGCUGUUGGCACCCCCAUCGCUGUCCUUGUCGAGGAGGGAACCGACAUCGCCGCCUUUGAGAAAUUCUCUCUAGAGGAUGCUGGCGGCGACGCCCCUGCUCCUCCCCCCAAGAAGGAGUCUGAACCCGCUCCUCAGUCCACCCCCGCGUCUGCCCCUCAGACAACCGCUCCUCCUGAGCAGUACGCUUCCAAGGGCAGGCUGCAGACUGCUCUCGACCGUCUGCCCAAUGCUGCUCCCGCCGCCAUCCGCCUGGCCCGGUCCAAGGGCAUCAGCCUGGACGGCGUCAAGGGCACUGGCAAGGGCGGCAAGAUCACCGAGGAGGACGUCAAGAAGUUGAUCUCCAGCCCCGCUGUCUCCGCCCCCAGCGCCACCUUCGAGGACAUCCCCAUCAGCGGCAUGCGAAAGACCAUUGCCAACCGGCUGCAAGAGUCGACCCAGACCAACCCUCACUUCUACGUUACCAGCUCCGUCUCCGUCACCAAGCUGCUGAAGCUGCGACAGGCCCUCAACACCUCUGGUGAGGGCAAGUACAAGCUGUCUGUCAACGACUUCCUCAUCAAGGCCAUGGCCGUCGCCUCCAAGAAGGUCCCCGCCGCCAACGCCAGCUGGCGCGGUGAUGUUAUCCGCCAGUUCUCUACCGUCGACGUCUCCGUCGCCGGCCGUGGCCUCGAGUCCAUCUCCGCCAAGGUCAAGGAGCUCGCCAAGAGGGCGCGAGACGGCAAGCUCAAGCCCGAGGAGUACCAGGGCGGCACCAUCUCCAUCUCCAACAUGGGCAUGAACGACGCCGUCGAGCACUUCACCGCCGUCAUCAACCCGCCCCAGGCCGCCAUCCUGGCUGUUGGCACCACCCGAAAGGUUGCCGUGCCCGGCAAGGACGAGGACGGUGAGACGACUGUUGAGUGGGAUGACCAGAUUACCCUCACUGGCAGCUUCGACCACAAGGUCGUUGACGGUGCCACCGGUGCGGAGUGGAUGCGCGAGCUCAAGAAGGUCCUCGAGAACCCCCUGGAGCUCCUCCUGUAA